AUGACGAGCGGUUCAUCGAAACACCCACCAACAGACCCGACAUCCGCGCCUAGUAUGAAUCAGUCCACUGGUAGCAAGCGUCGGUCGUCCUCUGGUCGGCGACCGCCCAAGCUCGAUGACUAUGAGAUGAAGCUGGGAGUACCUGGCCGACCCUAUAUAUGGGAGAAAGAAGCAACCAGGGAAACAAUUACUGAGCCGGGGCACAACAAACGACAUGAUCGUAGCCUACCCCUUGGGGAGCGACCGCUGGAUGUUCUAUUACGAGAGCUUUCGGGCUGGGAUUCGGCUUCGAAGAUCGGGAGCCAGUACGGUCAUUACCUCACCACCAAGAUCCUCUGGCAGCAUUCCCAGGUUAGAGACCUGGCAGACAUAAAUACUACGGAGUAUCUUUCCGGUUAUGGAGAUUGGAGUCAGUUUAUCGAUCACAUCGCCAAAUACCCGAUCGCAAAGCCUGGGAACCCCAUUCUCAUUGGAGCAUUCUCGAAUAUUCGAGAUCAGCAGUCGCGAAUAGAAGGAGCUUGUAUUGCGUUGUUUGGAGACAGACCACCCUUCCCGAUUGCCAAAAAGCGCAGAAGACUCACCAACAUGUCUUCCCCCGGACAGCUCGAGACGAGCGGCACUCCCAACACCUCCCCCGGCCAACUUAUGACGAGUGGCACUACAACCCCCUUUACCGCGGAAAAACUGGAACAGAUCACAAGAAGAUUACAAAAUCUGAGUCUAGAGAGCAGGGAAACGGCAAAUACUGGAGGUUUCACGGCGCUGGUGACAUCCAUUGGAAUAAAGCAGCCGUUUGGCAAUUUCGAAGCAAAGAGGCGAACGCAUGAAGCGAAGAUCAAUAUGAGCUUCGUCAAUUUGCUCUACACGAUCUGCUUAUUACUGCCGACCGAGUUAAAGUGGGACAGUAUCCAGCAUCAUCUCAAUUUGCAUGUCGGUGAGGCUAAAUACAAAGCAAUUGUCGACGGUGGUCUGGUAGAUCCCGAUGGGGAAAUGCAGGUUUUACUUGAAGUCAAGGCUAUGCAUCUGUCAUCGACAUGGAUUACUGCAACGCUCGAUAUUGAAGAGUCAAAGGGACCAAGAGUUCAAAUAAUCGAUUCACCGAUCAGAAGAUGGGUGAUGUUAGCGCAAUACGCUACAGAGAUAUAUUUUAUUGUCGCUGAGCUGCAUGAAGAGUACAUCGAGUACUUGGUUACAGGCAGACGCUCUUUGAAAGCCUUCGAUAGCAACGCACAUCUAGCAAUGCAGUUACUGGGGCCCUUCAGCAUUUAUUCCGCCGAAGAGAUGCGGGCCGUUGGUCUUCUUGUUGUCGCGCUUACCGUUGUCCAGCACCGGGAUUGGAAGAAGAGCAAGGAGGAUUAG